GGCUGAUGCCCGCCUGUAUAAAGAGCCGCAGUGGUAAAUUCAGUCAGAUCACAACGAGCUUCCACUGACAGCGACAACGAAGCGGUGCGCCACACGAGGACGAUUUGUGAGCUACUCUGCUGCUUCUGUUUGUCAUUUUGUCGUAAAAUAGAGUGGAAAUUACUGGAACAUAAUCGCAAACACCAUGAAGGAAAGGAGAAAUACACAGCCGCUGGUGGUGAGAUGUAAACUGGUGCUUGUGGGAGACGUUCAAUGCGGAAAAACGGCGAUGUUGCAAGUAUUGGCGAAGGAUUGUUAUCCAGAGGUAAGCUUUAAUGAAACCUUUGUCAGUGAAAAAAUCAACAAAAGUUUCGUCUUUUCUCUGUUGUCGGUGUUGAUUUUAAAAGUCUGUUAAGUGAUUCAAUGCGGCUGUAAAAAAAUCUGCGUCUGCUGCAGAGCCACAGUUUGCAUGCGCAUGUUCAUUUUCUGCUCUUGGUUUAUAUAAUAUGCAUCUACCGUAAUACGUUUAAAUGCAUUAACUAUCAGCUCUAAAACUGCAAGAAGUCUCAUUUUUUCGCAUUUCUGACAGCGUCAUGCUGUAUUUAUGGUUGCUGCAUAUUUUCUGCAGCAGCAUGUGAUUGAUUGAUCAGAGAUUCCUUCAGAUUGAGAGAAUGUGAGAUCAGCUAAUGGAUUAAUCGAGUCCCCGAGUGCCUGUUUUCACGUUUCAGUGUUUAUCCGACUAAAUUAAAUUACCUGCAAAUGACUGACUGACAAACUGACACCUCCCCACUAAUGGCACCAUGUUGCUAAUUUGCCCCCACAGACCUACGUGCCCACGGUGUUUGAAAACUACACAGCAUGUCUGGAGCUGGAGGAGCAGCGCGUGGAGCUCAGUCUGUGGGAUACCUCAGGUAAACUGAUUAUCACCUGAUUUUCUGUCCGUCCGUCUGCCUGUUUGUCCUAUCAUGGCCUGCAAACUGCCUGCAGCACUGGAGGAGGCUGGGAUAUAUUAGGCAGUGUGCUGUGAAUGUAAUGAGGGUCUGUCCGUGCAGAAAAGAGAGCUGCAACAAGAAUUUCUGCCUAGAUACUCCUCUUUCAGAGAGCAAGAGAUGACAUUUGCGUGACACUGGAUAAAAGUUGUAUUUGUGUUUUCAAGCAAAGGCAUAGUAACUGUACACUUGUUGCAUUGCAGCAUGGCUCAGUUUUUAAUUCUCCAAUUUGAACAUAUUAAAUGUAAUCUUAUGUAUUAUUGCUGCACAUGGCAGGUUGAAUCACUGGCUUAUCUACAAGUUUUAUGUCUGUAUCUAAAGUGUUUCAGUGGAAACUAAGCGGAAAGAGUGAUUAUUCCGCUUCACUCGCUCUUAUUGCUGACUUUGUGCAUCAUAUGUUCAUUUACACUAAGCGUGAAAAACAGGGUCAAUGUGUCACUGUGCAUCUCCACGGGGAUCUGCUGCUUAGAGAGUUGACCUGGAUACUGUGUACACGCGUCCGCAGCACCUGUUUGAUUCCCUUCAUGCUCACUGCACAAUGGUUCUCCUCUCCGUACACACUCAAGCUGUGCAUAUCUGUGUCCUCAUUGGGUCCUAGUGUCUGUGGACAACAAAUCCUUUAUGUAACAGACUUGUGUGAGAUGAUGCAGUGUUCGCUAUGCUCACAGAUUUUUUUCAGCCCCGUUACAAAACGGAAAGAGGAAAAAUCUGAGUGUAAUUCCUCCCCCAGACCAAAUCCUGCUUUUUAAUCCCAGACUGUGAACCUUUGGUUUGGCUGGCAGAAGUUGGCCCGAUGCUGGGUGAUGAUGAUGACGAUGAUGAUGAUGUCGAUGAUGCACACAAAGAGGGGUCCUGUCGAGCAGGAAGAUUUUCUGUAGCAGACAGACGUGAGGCAACUCAAAACACUAGUGACCUGCAUUUCCCUCCAUAUGCUGCCCCGGGUCACCCACCAGGCGAGCAUGAUGUAGGGGAUUAGGAUUGUGAAUGGGACCAAUAGGCCACCCUGUUUGACUGACCCACUCAGUUUGAGACACUUAACUCAUUCACUCUUUCUUUCUGUCUGUCUGUCCUUCUUUCCACUUUUUUUUACUCAGUUUUCAGUCUCUUUAUUUAAAGAAGUCUUUCUUUGUUCUACAAUCUUCCUUUAUUUUCUCUCUGUCUUUAUUUUCUUAACUCUUUUUUUACUUUUUUCUGUCCUCUUUCUUUCUUUCUAUCUUUUCUAUUUCUUUCUUUUCUUCACUUCUCUUCCCAUUUCUCUCCCAAGCUUUCUCUUUUCUCCCUUUUCCUUUUUGUCUUUCUUUUUCCUCUUUUCAUUUUAAGUGUUCAUUACACGCCUCUGGGAUCCCACUCCCCCCUUUUCUAUAUUGUUGGUAUUAGUUUUUCGUUGUUUUUGGUCUCUUUCUCAUAACCUAUGCAUUAACAGAACUGUCCCUCUUAGCUCUGAGUUAAAUAACAACACCAGAAAUUAGUCCAAACCAAGUCACAGACGCAAACCACUAUGAUGUUAACAGAUCAAGUUUAGCCAAAAUAGAAUCAAAAAAUAGUAUGUGGUUCAAAUGGAGUCUCUUCUCUCUUUCCUUCCUUUCCUCUUUUAUUUGCUGUAAUUGUGUGGAGUUGUGUCGCUGCAGCUCCAGCGUCUCCUCAUUAUCCCCACUCCCCUUCAUCGAUUCGACUGAACUCAUCCUCAGCUCCUUCUCCCAGCCCCUGUCAUGGAUUUACAGACCAGAAUCAAUCCACUAGUUUUAAUCAGCCUGUUCUGAUCGUUCAUUUCUCUCUGUGUAUGUGUGUGUGUGCAUUUGGGGGUUGGGGGGUUAAACUGUCCAGUGGCUGUAAUAAUGAAGCUUGUAAGUGAGUAAUUUAUUUCAGGCUGAACGGUCCUGCUGAUAAAACCUUUGUGUUUAAGAGGAUGUUGUAUCUAUUAUCAUUCUUUCUAUGAUCGAUGAAUGGGAGUGAUUUAUAAUGAGGCCACUAUCCAUCUAAGCUGAUAAAACAAAAUGUGUUGUUGUAAAAUAGAGGCUUUGCUUACAGAAAAUAAUUAUUUAAAUGGACUUCUUUCCGGUCUUUAUAAUGGGCAUCCAGCUUUUGAGUCGUUUUGUCAAUUUUGAGCUUCAUGUUUUUUUGGAGAUAGAACAAAUAAUACUUAGACAAAGCAUGAUGUGUUGAUCAUUUUCUGGUAAGUUACAUGUUUAUUUGAUCCAUCACAUUUCUCAGAAAGUUUUUGUUUUCGGUGAAGUUGGUGAAGAAGAAAAAGUUGAAGACAGUAUUGGUCUUGAGUUCUGCUUAUAAUAUUAUUGGGUCUUAAUAAAUAAACCACCAAUUUAAAAGUAUAAUAAUUCAAAGCUCUUGGAGGAGUUUUCUUCUGUUUGUGAACAGACUGUAUAUCCAUGUCUCUGCAUGACCUGAAAAGCAAACACAACAAUCAUCCAGAAGACUUGAGAAAGAGAGAGAGAGGGGUUCAUUUCCUGAUACUGAUACAGCCUUUUUUUACACUUCAUGAAGGUGACAUUAAACUAUCAAAAGAGAGCAGCAUGAGAUAUUUGACCAGGAAACACUAAUAACACAUGCUAGAGUACUUGGUCCACAGGGGCGCCAAGAUUAGUACAAACCAAAAGUUCCUCAAAAUCUUUGUCUCAUGUUGUUGUGUUUGAUUAAUGAACUACAACCGAGUGGUGCUAGCAGAAGGAGGGAUGCUGGUCAAAGAUAGCAACAUGUUUUUUAGCUAUGUUGUGUCUUAUUCAGUACCAGGAUCGGUAUCGUCAAAGCAGACAAUAGUAUCAGACAAUCUCUUCAAAAUAAGGUGUAAGAAUGUGUGAUUUGACUUUUAUUCAUCAGAUUAGAUAAAUCAGCGAUUAUCAACAGUAAACAGACUUCUGAUCCUGAUACUAGGAUUAUAACUUUGAAUAAGGAUUGCUAUAAAAAAAAAAACACAAAAAUCUGUCAUUUAAACACAGCGCAUCAAGGCUAAAGUUAAAAUUUUUCAAAUCUGUUGUUUGACUUCAAAAAGGCAAAGUGUGAUCAGCUCUGACGGUGUGGAGUUACAGAGUAAGGCUUGUUAACAGCUCAGACGUGGUGAUGUACAGAAGCAAAGACGCGGCCUCUCGCUCCCUGCGGGGGUCUUAAGCUGUGAUUCUGACCGGCUCUGGCAUGUGGACCCCUGGAACAACCAUCUGACGCAAUGUAGUGUGGGUAUUUUUAAGGGGUCUGGACGUGAAAUCCUUAGUUAUCGUCUGCAGUAGCAACAGCAGCAGCAGCAGAUCUCCCAGCUGGCUGAGUGUGGGCGGAGGGGCCGGGCUACUCUCAUCCCCAAAUCUGUGAGUCAUACCAUGAGCAGAUCAUUAAUCUGUCUGACCCCUGUAUUCUCACUGUAGGAGAGGAGUGUGCUAAUGAUGAGCAGAAGCUCUGUUGCUGUGUUGAUUUAGCACAUGGAAAAAAAGAAAAGAAAACACUUGCAGGAAAAGUGGAGUGUCCCUCCCCCCUCCCCCACCUGUACGCUCCAACAUGAACCUGUCGUCCUGGACUCAGAGGCCUACUUUUGCGCUGGCCCAUUUUCCACCCUGACACUUAGCUUUGGGCAUCCCAUCAUCGAGACAGAUGAAGCCGAGCUCAGCCUCAGGAAUUUGGUUCUGUUUUUCUUUCUCUGCGUGUUCAAUGUCUCAGAAACUCUCCAUCUGUCGGAGAUGCGUACUGUUGAGAAAAAGGAAGAGAGGGAACAUUGGGAGUACGCUCAGGCUCUGUGUGUGCAUUGAUCUGUCUAUCUGAGACGGUCUGCAUUAAAGAAGAGGAGGGGAAGAGACUGGUGCUCUGUGAUAUCAGACUGCAGGGGGUGAAGGAUUAAUGGCACAGGAGGGCUCUUUGUGAUCUUCCUCUGUAGGCUACACUCCUGCUUUCCCUACUCUCCUCCUCCCACCGGCUUUUUCAAGCCACAAUGGAAAAAGCUUUUUCUUCCAGGAUUAGAAACCAUGUCCUGGAGUGUUGGGAGUCUUCCAAGGCUGCUGAAAUACCCAAACAGCAUGCCGUGGACUUUAAGAAACUAAUAUUUACUCAUUCAUAUCUGUUUUUCAUUCAUCCCCUCUAAAGGAAGCUCAGAUACGCCGGCUGAAUCAUGUAUCAUUUGUCCAGAAUGAAAGAAACAAUCAAUCUUAGUGGGCUUAAAAAAACAUCCUAGACAUCCCCUCCAUCUCAGUCCCCCAGUGGCAGGGUAACUAAUUUGUCAGCUUUAAUUGCAAAGGCUCAGGGACCCCUCUGUGCAGCUCUCCAUCGAUUUCUGCAUUUAAAUCAGAGGCCAUUUAAUGCAGAAUCACACCCAGUUUCCCGGCUGUGUGAUAACCCGUUGUGGGAGAUUGAGAAGAUUUAUAGAUCAUCUUACCUCUGACUCUCUCCUGCGAGAUCCCUCGGAGUCACCGCACACACAGUCUUACAAACACACACAUGCAGGAUCAUCAUCCAAGCUGUGCUAAUUGUCCUAAUUCUUAUGUGUGUCAAUCUUCACAGUCUGCAAAGUUGUCUCACAGACGGUCAUCACUUCAGUGCUCCAACCCUAAAGGUGUUUGGCCGAUAAUGGAAUUUGCUUUUUUAAUGCGGCGAUGUCUGACCCCCUUUUGUAAAAAUACGGCUGUUGUGAUUUAUCUUUUGAUCAGAGUGUUUCGGUAAAUUUGUUUUUUAAGUCGUAGAACAAAGAUUUUUUUUUUUUUUUUCAGGCCAAAAGCACAGUUUGAACACAACAAGCGUGUCCCUUUGUUUCUCCACCAGGAUGUUUACACUUCUCUGGAUAUUUAGCUUCGAGGAAUUUCAUCACAGCUCGUCAUUAUUCCACUCACAGCGCCCAGCAGCUGGCAAAAUCAGUUUUACCCUUUGAUAAUGUGGAAAAUCAUUAAGUAUUCAUGAAUCGAGUCUGUAUGCACACAUCCAUGUUGGUGUGUGCUUCUUCAUAUGUUUUUGUACUGAUGCAUUGUUUUCCAAGCUGUAAAUCAAUUACCAUGCUUGUGUAAUAUCUAAUGAGUGAUUACUCUGCCUUUGUAAUCUGAAGCUAUAAGAGGAACACUGAAUCCCUUCUGGGACUCACACCGAGCCCAAAGUAAACAUGUUAAUCCCAUUGAGCUGCUCCUCUUCUGUUUCAUCUCGGCACAGAUUGGCUGCACCUCUGGCUGCUGCCAAAUUUAAGAAGUGUGUUUGUGUGUCAUCAGGUGUGCCGUAAGCAUGUGUGAAUGUUGGUGGCCGAGCAGAGGAAUGUCCCCAGCAGUAGGUGGGUGGGUGGUGCGCGGUGUAAAAUGAUUGAUUGGCAGUUAAGGGGAGUUUUAAUGGAGAGGUGGGAGGAAUGGCGGAUGUAGAUGGUGGAUUCCUAGCCUGUUGCUGUGGUAACAGGGGGACUGGAGGUAUUGCGCGCCUAGCAGAGGAUUUUUUGGGGGGUGGGCGGUUUACUUAAGGAUUCUGAGCAUGAGUGGGAGCGUCUGCCUGCCCCCAGCCCCACCGUUCCACUUGCGUAAUCUACUGCAAGAGGAGAUCAAUGAGGAUUUAGAGCUUGAUUGUCAUCUUCUCUCCAUCAGAAGAUGCAGGCGCAGGGAAGAAGGGGCAGAAAAGUGAGGCCCCGCCAGACAAGUGAUGCUGAUAGUACAUAAUCCCUUCAGCUGUAUUUUCUAGUUUCUGCCUCUGUCUUCGGCUUUAACACACUUUUGCCCUGACCAACUGCAAUGAAACAAUCUGUGUAAAGCAUUAACCGAUUAUACAUCGAGUAAUGUGAUUAUUUCAACACACAUUUUUAAAGGAAGGUUAACUAAGAUUAAUUUUAGGCUAAACUACUGGACCUCUGCUUUAAUCUGAUGGUUCGCUUGUAAUGGUACGACCUUCUUCCAUACCAUCAUUUUAAAUGCAGAAGUCUAAAGUAAUUAAAAAUAAUUAUUUCACCUUAAAAAAAUGAUUAGAAAACAAGUUUAUACACAAAAAGACCCUUGAAAACUCUGGACUUAUACAACAGCAGUAAACAUGCCCUCAUCUUUGAGCUACUGUGGUCAGAUUUUGUUAGAUUAAAGUUGGCGAUGCCAUAAGAAAUGUAUAUGUGUGUGUGUUUCCAAGGAUGUUUUUUUUCUGUAUUAAUAUUUCUCUUUUCUUUUCUCUCUAAGGUUCCCCAUACUAUGACAACGUGAGGCCCCUCUGCUACAGCGAUUCAGAUGCAGUUUUAUUAUGUUUUGACAUCAGCCGCCCCGAUACUGUAGACAGCAGUCUGAAGAAGGUAUGAUGUAGAUCACCGUCAAAUCCCUGUUUCUGUCAGCGGUUUUUGUAACUGUUUUCAUGAAAGUGUGCUGUAAGAGAGAACUAUUUAUACCGCACGUUAUUUUUAACCACUCACUUUGAAAAAUAGAUGUGAUGAGCUCAUUGUCUUUUUGUGACUGCAGUGGAAGACUGAGAUCCUGGACUUCUGUCCAAGCACACGUAUCCUCCUGAUUGGCUGUAAGACUGACCUGCGCACAGACGUCUGCACACUGAUGGAGCUGUCCAAUCAGAAACAGACUCCCAUCACGUAUGAGCAGGUAAGACUGAGAAACAAUGCACAAGUAACGCAGAAUUAAAUACCACACAUUGACAUAAAUAGAAGUUCGAUUUUGGGCUCCAUAGUAUUGGCAAAAAAAAAUCUAUACUCCUUUUGUUGGACAAAUGUUAAUGAUAAAGUUUCAUUCUGUGGUUAACAACAACUCACUUUCAACCCCAUAUUAUGAAAAUAUGAUUAGAAAGUAUCAGCUGCUCCCUAACUAUGAGUUUUACAGUCAUGAAUUUCCUCCUGUUAGACACACUUUAUAUUGACUAUGUUGAUAAAGAGAAAAUAAAAAUGUAUGAAAAGUGAAAAGCAGCACUCUAAUAGCUCCAUGUCUUGCAGGGCUCUGCCAUGGCCAAGCAGCUGGGAGCAGAGGCUUACCUGGAGUGCUCUGCGUUCACCUCUGAGAAAAGCAUCCACAGUGUGUUCCGCACAGCAGCGAUGGCCUGCAUCAACAAGCUGCAGCCCCUCCCCAAAUCCAGCCCCACCAGGCGCCUCUCCAAAAGACUCCUCCAUCUGCCCAGCAAGUCUGAUUUGCUCUCUUCCACCUUCAAGAAGGAGAAGGCCAAGAGCUGCUCGGUCAUGUGAGUGGAGACCUCGGGGGUCACAGUCAUCACAUGCAACCCCAAGCCCCCUGCCUCUUUGGUCUCGGGGAAGGGGGGGUGGGCACGAUGGUUUUAUCAGGGCUUCCUGCUGGAUCCUUCCCUCACCCCCCCAGAAACCAAACACCCCUCAGAAGAGGUGGACACCUCGCUGUCCACUUGCUACUGAACGUUUUAGUGCACAUCCAUCAUUUUCCACCACUGUAUCUUGCUUUAAAACAGUAUCAGUCCAGGUUUGGUCAUGGAGCUGCCAUUUUUCACCUGUAAACAGUAUGCAACUACAGCGGUGUUACAUCUGUCUGAUUUUAAUAUCUCUAGGCACAUGUUGAUUUUGUCCAAAUUGGAAAUGUGCAACGUGUGGCGUUUAAUCUUGUGAUGUACAUUCCUCUCGGACGAUUCAAUGGAUAUUUUUCUAAGUACAAAACUAUAUCUAGCAUGAAACUGUCAGGAAUGAGCAAAUUCCUGUAAAUCCCUCUUUAGGCGUUAAAUAGCUUGUAGCUGGCGUCCCCAUUUAGGUGUGUGUGACAGCACAGAUAUAUAGAAGGAGUAUAGAGGGACAGAGCACAGUGAAAGCUAUUACCCAGAGAGCUGUUCUCAUUUUCUCAGUGCUGAUGAGAGCAGGGAUAAGAGCUGUAAGCGCAGACUGCUGUGCAGACAGACAGCGGUCUAGACUGUUUCAACCUGCAUACAUUGUUGAUGCACGGUUGUGAAGCUCUGCACAGCACUGCUUCACCGAAAAGUGGAGGAGUCUGAAGAGUGUACAAAAACAAAAUGAGGACAAACUCAACAUAAAGGGAAGUUUAUUUGGGCUUCCGAUGUCUCUGCUGUCACAGCUGGAGUCUAUUUUAAAAUGCUAUUUUGGUGAAGGGACAGACACACGAAUAGAUGAGAAGAGAUGCUAUUGCUGUGUCUAGAAGCAGAGGGACAAACGGCUCAGAGCUGUGAGCUUUUGAGUGGUUUUAAUGAAUCCGGGGCUGGUUAUCAGUCUAAAGUGUGAAAAGGCAUAUUGGAUUAUGCCUCCUCAAGUCUGGCCUAUUACUAAUGGGAAAAUCUGACUUGUGUCAAAUAUUGUUCAGAAAAUGGAUUUGUAGCAUUGUAUUGUUGAGUCUUCAACAAUUUUCAAAUGGUAUGCAGUUCUGAAAAAUGCCUUUCAUAUCAUGUUCCCAGAAGUCAUUGAUUUUUGACUUUUGUAAUCUGCCUGUGAAUUUCUCUCAUUCACACUGAUCCAAUGUAGCAUUUCCAACCUGACUCUACUCUUCCAAGACGACUCGAAGUUUUGUGUCGGACACUCUUGUUAAUCCAUCGACCUUCAAUACAAAGCACUUACUGUAGGUUACUAUGACUAUGACUAGCGAGCAAAAAUUUGAUCCUUUUUUGAGCUUAAAUCUUUUUUGGCUUGAUGGUUCCGUGCGUGUGCAGCAUCGAUCUCUGUGCUUCGAACCAUAAAGCAAUAAUGAUUUAAGCGCUUGUGAUGCAAAGGUAACCUGUGCGGCAAUAAAGAUGCAGCUUUGUGAAAACUGUCACGCCUAAGUGCUUCAUUGACAUCGAACCAUUUCUGCUGUACAAAGAGGCUGCUUAUAUGUGUUUGCCCCUCUUCCUCCUUGUGUAAGAAACAACUGAACUAAAGAAACACCAAUGAGGUCAUGGAAUAAAUCAGUGCGUACUCAAGAGAGAACAACAGACUAAAUAAAAGAUUGAGAUGCAAAACUUUGCUGUCAGUUUUAUACAAUCAUGGUAAAAAAAAAAGAGUUGAGGCGGCAAAACAUAAAUGAACUACUGGUGUGAGUUAACAGCAGUAAGUAUUUUCAAAUUAGAAAUUUACAAGGAAACCUGCAGAAGUCUAACAAUCAUGUUGUCAAAAAGGGCUAGUGUGUGGAAAAAUCAAAUAAUGUGGGAAUAAAGAGAAAAAAGAAUCCAAAUGCACAGGCUGGCCCUGUCCAAAGUAAGCUAUUUUUCCAUUCUUUGUAAUUUCUUUUGUAAAUGUGUUAUUUCUUUUCUUUUGCCUGUUUGUUGGUAUUUUAAAGCAUGAUGUGAGUCCCUGUGUUGUCUUGAAAAUCUCUCCCUCUGAGAUGGUUGUAGCGUCUUUAUGCAGCUGUGGACUGACCCUAGUAGUUGGAGGAACUUAAAGUGGUGAUUUGCACAAAGGCUUCCAGUUCAUGGUCACACACCAACAUUCCUCGGCAUCCCAUAGCAACAAUCCAGCGUAGGAAACAGAGACGGGCUCUUGGGUUUGUUGUUUGGACAGAGGGGGUUGGUUCACAUGCAGACACUCCCAUAUCCAUAACUACAUUCACAGUAGUUAUGCGUUUCUCGCCAGGCUUGUUUGUCGAUAUUUUGACUUUGUGUUGGAGAGCUGAUGCCUUCUGAAGACGAUAUAAAUGUGAGGCCGUGUCAGUUAAUAUGCAGCCUUUGUGUUGUAGUCAGUGUGUGGUACAAUGGUGCAGUAAAACUCCUAAGCAUGUCCUAUUGAAGAUGUAUGAUUGUGCAUACUGUCUCCUGUUUUAUAAUCAUUGGAAGACAUCAUUAAGGAUGUCACAUGAAAAUAUUGUUGUUGAUGUGAAUAUUUAUUUUUGCCUUUCCUCUGAUUGACAUGUACAAAAAAAAUCUAUUUUCGAAAAUGGAUUUUUUUUCACUUUUUUUUGGUUGUUUUUGCUGUGAUGAAUAAAGCUUGCCCUGUCUGGCACCCUUGAA